AUGCUCGCCUCGUCGUACCGCUCCUUCAUGGACCAGCGCAGCCGCGACCCGCGUCGGUCCAAGCCCAAGGACCGCUUCUUUGCCGUUCUCAAGCAGAAGACGCUGUUCCUGUACGAGGGCGAGGAGCAGGCCGAGUGCUGGGCCGCCAUCGACGUCGCCGCGCACGACGUCGUCAUCUACCCCGAGGGCAACGUCGACGGCGAGCUGUACGUCAAGCGCACCGCCAUCGAGCUCAAGCCGCGC